AUGAAUAUAAAUGGUAUUCCUAAAAAGCCAUUUUCUCCAUACACUUACAUCAAGAAAUUAUAUAUUAAUUGUCCAAUUUCUCGUAAACAGAUCUUAUCUAUUGUUGAAUUAAAACAAUUAGAAUAUUUAUCUAUAUUAUCAAUAAAUGAUUUAUUAAUAUUUUUACCAUUUGAAUCUACAUUGCCUAAUUUUUAUGAAUUAACAAUUCAAUAUACUAUAACAUUUCAUAUGAUUGAACAACUUAAAGGUUAUCAAUUGAAGCAUAUUCGAAAAUUAAAAAUUUCUAUUAGUGAUAAAAAUACUGAUUUAAUUCUUCAAGAAUUAUUAUAUAUUUUUCCACAUAUUGAAUAUCUUAUAUAUUUGUCGAAUAUUUGCUCAAUGAAAAGGAUGAUUAAUGCAAUAGAUGAAUUUGUAUAUUUAUUAAAUGCAUCUUUUUAUUUUAAAUAUUUUGUAUCUGAUAUGACAUCAGAUCUUUAUCCUGAUGAAAAUUUUAUUAUUCAAAAUUCACACCGACUUACUGAAAAUAAUUUUACAUACCGAGUUCAACAAUUGGCAAAUGAUAAAACACCAUUUGUUACUCAUUGGUGGAUUCGAGCAGAACCAUUGGAAUCAUCUUCGAUUGUUUAUUGGCCAUCAGGAUAUGGAUAUAUUUUAUAUAAAUUAAAAUAUCUUGUUUUUCAAAGAAAAGAAUCUUGUUUUCUACCAAUAGGUGCUGUCCUUUACGUGAAAACAAAUGUGCCGCAAAGUGUAAUGGUCUGUGAAACGAUUAAUAACAUCGUUGGUCGUACAUUGAAUCCAUACAAUCGACUUCUUUCCUGCGGUGGUUCAAGUGGUGGAGAGGCCGCUCUAAUUGCUCUUCAUGGUAGUCCGAUAGGUGUUGGCACCGACAUAGGUGGUUCGAUUCGUACACCAGCUGCAUUCAAUGGUCUCUGGGGUAUUCGACCAAGCCAUGGACGAAUGCCCUUUGCUGGAGUAAGGAGUAGUAUGGACGGACAAGAAACAGUACAUUCUGUCUGUGGACCCAUUGCUCAUAGAGCAGAAGAUUUGGCUUACUUUAUGAAAGCUAUAUUGGAACAAGAACCAUGGGAUUAUGAUCCGAAAGUAAUCGAGAUUCCAUGGAGAGAGGAGAAAUACAAUGAAGGCAGAACAGGAAAAAAGAUAUUUGGGGUAACGACUGUUAAUGGUGUUCUGGGCUUUGACGGAGUGGUGAUGCCUCAUCCACCUAUUCUUCGUGGUAUUCAGAUGGUCGUUAACGCUCUUCAAAGAGCUGGUCAUACUGUUGUCGAGUGGCGACCUUACAAGCAUAAAUAUGCCGUUGACCUGGUCCGUUCGAUUUAUAGAGCAGAUGGUGGUGAGGACAUUCGAAAUGCUCUGAUCUUAAGCGGCGAACCAGUCAUAUCAGAAGUUGCCAAUGAUUAUGGUCCUGGAGUAAAAGAGAAAAUUGAUCUUAAUGCUAUGUGGAAUAUUCAAAUAAAGAAGUACAAAUAUCAACAAGAAUACUUGGCAAUCUGGAUGGAAAGAAAUGAAAUUAAUGCUUGGAUACAACCCGAAGCUCCUCAUGCCGCCAUUAGACACGAUCAGUACAAAUAUAAUGGUUAUGCAUCUGUAAUUAAUCUGCUCGAUUAUCCAGCUGUCGUCGUUCCAGUGACGUUUGCUCAAAAAGAGAUAGAUAUUAAGGACUUGAACUAUAAAGCCAUCAGUGAUUUGGACAUGCAAGUGCAUAAUGAAUAUCAGGCGGAUGUCUACCAUGGUGCGCCAGUAGCCGUACAGAUUAUUGGACGGCGAUUGCAAGAAGAAUAUGUUAUUGGUCUUGCUGAACAAGUUGGAAGAGCUUUGGCUUCUUCAUAA